AUGAGCGGAUUUAAUCGCAAAUUCAAUCCAGAUUGGUAUGUUGAUUAUAAAACAUGGCUAGAAUACAGUGUUGCGAAAGAUGCUCUAUAUUGCCUACCUUGCUAUUUGUUUAGAUCAAGUGUUGGUAAAAAAGGUGGAGGAGAAGCUUUCAUUAGUCAAGGUGUUAAAUGUUGGAAUAGGAAAAAGGCUUUGGAUGAUCAUGUGGGUGGACCAAAUAGUUCUCAUAAUGUGGCUGCCAGGAAAGGUGAAGAUUUGUUGAAACAGUCACAGAGCAUUUCAAGUGUCUUAAUAAGGCAAUCAGAUAAAGCCAAAAGUGAGUAUCGAACACGUUUGCAAGCCUCGAUUACUACAACUAAGGUUCUUCUACGGCAAGGAGUGUCAUUUCGUGGUCAUGAUGAAAGUGAAUUCUCAGAAAACAGAGGAAACUUUCUUGAAUUUUUGGAAGUUAUUGCUAAUGAGAAUCCGGAUGUGCGCAGUGUUGUGUUGGAAAAUGCUCCAAAAAAUCAUCAAUUGACAUCUCCAAAGAUUCAAAAAGAUAUUGUUCGUGCAAUAGCAUCUCUAACAACAAAGGAGAUUAUCAAAGAUCUUGGAGAUGCAUUUUUUUGCAUAUUGGUGGAUGAAUCUCGUGAUGUAUCAACCAAAGAGCAGAUGGCUGUUGCUAUACGUUAUGUGGAUAAAAAAUGUUGUAUUAUAGAGAGAUUUCUCGGUAUUUCUCAUGUCACUGAUACCAAAGCCACUACACUUAAGAAGGAGAUUGAGUCAAUGCUUGGGUUACAUGGAUUGAGUUUGUCAAGGAUAAAGGGGUAG